AAAUAUUGACAUAAUUUAUCUGUUUGAGUUUCAACUGUUAAUGGGCAGGAAAUUCCCUUGACAUUCCAUUGAAGACCUGUCCUUGGAAAUUUACCUUGGACUUCUAGUGAAAUUGUUGAUGCCAUUUAUCAACCACAGGGGAAAAGAAGAGAAUGAAAAAACCUCUUUUGCCUCAAGGCACUCGCAGAGCUGUUUUCAGUGCCAGGGCAAAGAACAGAUCCAGCAUACUAUCCUGCUUCAAGUGAUGCUUUUCCUUCUCAAGUUCUUACGCAGAGGAGAAAAUAACCACAGUGAGAAACACCAACCUUAGCAAAAGGACACGAUAUGAAGACUCUGAAAUGAGCGGAUGAGUUUUUUAUGAUGCUAGAACUGAAUUUCAUCAAACUCCAGUUUCUUUGGGAGCAAAUAUGUCCAAAUAUCUUUCCCUAUAUUGCUCUUCACAAUUACUUGGGAAUAGAAAAAAAAGCUGUUGACAGUUCAUCACUGGAAGAACACCGGGAGAGAAUGGGAGACACUGUGAUAGGAACUUCAAAUGAAUCACUGGUGACUGAGUUCAUCUUAAUUGGAUUAUCAGAAUAUCCCCAAGCUCAGAUUAUCCUGUUUUGCUUCCUCUUGGUGGUGUAUCUCAUUAGUUCUCUUGGCAAUGGGCUCAUCAUCAUGUUGAGCAUUGCCGACCCACAGCUUCACACCCCCAUGUAUUUCUUCAUUUCUGUCCUUUCCACAAUAGACUUUAUUCUUUCCAACAAUGCACUUCCUGAGAUCUUGGUCAACUGCUUCAUCUACAGGCCCACAAUUUCUUUCUCCAGAUGUUUGUCCCAAAUGUACCUUGGUUUAUUUCUGGUUGUAACAGAGUGCCUUGUCUUGGCUAUCAUGGCAUAUGAUCGCUGGGCAGCUAUAUGCCAGCCCUUACACUACACGCAGAUCAUGAGUUGGAGAUUAUGCAUUUAUCUGGCAGCCACAUCAGUGGCUCUUGCCUUCAUGACCACCCUGAUCAAUGUGCUCUUGCUGCCCGCUGACUUCUGUGGCCAUCACAUCAUCAACCAUUUUGCAUGUGAACUGCAAUCUGUACUCAAAUUGGCUUGCACCAACACAGUCAUCAGUGAGCUCUUUAUGCAUGUUUCCAGCCUCUUUCUGCUAAUCCCUCCCUUUGGCUUCAUAGUUGUGACAUAUGGUCGCAUCGGCCUGGCUAUUCUGCGUAUAAGCUCUGCCCAGGGACGCAGAAAAGCCUUCUCCACCUGCAGUUCUCACCUUGCUGUGGUCAGUGUCUUUUAUGGGACACUCAUGAUCAUGUACUUGAGACCGGAAGGCAAAUCCGUUUCUGAAAAGGACAAGGUCAUCUCCUUAACGUAUGGGGCUCUGACUCCCAUGCUCAAUCCUCUGAUUUACAGCCUGAGGAACAAGGAUGUCAAGGCGGCAUUCUGGAAGCUGGUUGCAAGAAAAAUGUUAAAGUGA